AUGGCUAUAAUACCAUGUUUCAGAACCAGAACCAUAAUGGUGUUUUACUGGGUUGGUAUGAAUAAUUUCACCGCAUAUUGUCCCGGCUUCAAUCGUACCAUCUCAUCCACUUCCCAUGUCAGAGCACUCUGUAGAGAGUUUCGGUUGAAGGAGGCUAUAAGCAUUAUGCUUACUACACACAACCCUCCUCGUGAUUCUCAAACAUAUAUUCAACUGCUGCAGACCUGCACUGCCAAGAAAAACCUUUCAGAGGGUAAGCUAAUCCACUCUUACAUCACUGACAGGGGAUUUAUGUUUGCUACACAGACCAUCUUUCAGAAUCAACUAAUCAAUAUGUAUGACAAGUGCGGAAGUUAUGUGAAUGGUUGCAAAGUUUUUGGCGACAUGAAAGAACCAGAUGUUUUCUCAUGGAAUAACAUAAUUUCAGCUCAUCGAAGAAAUGGAUUUCCUCAAGUGGCAUUGAGACAGUUUUGCCAAAUGCAAAGAACGAGUGUCCAACCUGAUCAAUUCACCUUUGCCAGCAUCUUACCUUCGUGUGCAAAAAUGGGAGCUUUGGAACUGGGUACAGAAAUUCAUCAGAGAGUAAUUGAAAGAGGCUUAAUGUCAGAUGGUGUAGUUGCCAAUACUCUGAUUGAUAUGUAUGUGAAAUGUGGAAGCGUACGGAAAGCGCGCGAGGUGUUUGACAAAAUGUCUCAACGAGAUGCAUUCUCAUGGACUGCACUGAUAGCUGCAUAUGCAGAAAAUGGUGUUCUUGAGGAGGCUGUAAAGCUAUUCAAAGAAAUGCCUCAAGGUAAUGUGGUCUCAUGCAAUGCUAUGAUUGUAGGAUAUGCCCAAAAUGGUGUUCUUGAUGAGGCUUUAAAGCUUUUCAAUGAAAUGCCUCAACGAGAUGUGGUAUCAUGGAAUGCACUCAUUGCUGGAUAUGCACAAAAUGGACUUGUUGAAAAGGCUUUAGAGAUUUUAAAGCAAAUGCAACUGCAAGGUGUAAAGCCAAACGCGGCUACCUUUGCUGGCAUCCUCCCUGGAUGCACCAAAUUUGGAGCAUUGGAACAUGGUAUCGAAAUCCAUCAAAGAGUAAUCGAAUGUGGAUUUUUGUCAGACGUCAAACUUGUGACGGCCCUGAUUGACAUGUUUGUGAAAUUUGGAAGUAUACAAAAGGCACGCCAUUUGUUUGAUAAAAUGCCUCAACGAGAUGCAAUCUCAUGGAACGCAAUGAUUGCAGGAUACAUACAGAAUGGUAUUCUUGAGGAGGCUCUAAGUCUUUUCAAAAAAAAUCCUAAACAGAAUGUUGUCUCAUCUAAUGUAAUCAUUGCUGGAUAUGCACAAAAUGGACUUGUUCCAAAUGCACUGGAAAUUUUUAAUCAAAUGCAACAAACAGGUGUCCAACCAAAUCAGUUCACCUUUGCCAGCAUCCUCCCAAAGGCAUGCAGACUGUUUGACAAAAUGCCUCAACGUGAUGCAGUCUCGUGGAAUGCUAUGAUUACAGGAUAUGUACAAAGUGGUUUUCUUGACGAAGCUUUGAGACUCUUCAAAGAAAUGCCUCAACAAAAUGUGGUUUCGUGGAAUGCACUCAUUGCUGGAUAUGCACAAAAUGGACUUCAUGAAAAAGCCCUAGAGAUAUUUAAAGAAAUUCAACGAACAGGGUAUGCAAUGCAUGGAUAUGGCAGGGGUGCUCUCAAACUUUUUGAAUUAAUGAAGAUCUCUGGAACUAACCCCAGCCAUAUAAGCCUUGUUUGUCUUUUAUUCGCAUGCAGCCAUGCAGGUCUAGUAGAUGAGGGCUGUAAAUACUUCAGUCAAAUGAGUGACUCUUAUUGCAUUUUGCCUACAAUGGAUCAUUAUAUAUGCAUUGUUGACCUUCUUGGCCGUGCUGGCUAUCUUGAGGAAACCCUAAACUUUAUCAUCAAAAUGCCAAUAAAACCGGGGGCAAUUGUGUGGAUGUCUUUGCUUGGUGCCUGUAGAUCACAUAAGAUUUUAGAGUUAGGAGAAUUUGUUGCAACACUUAUUUUUGAGUUGGAUUUAAAAAAUGCUGCACCUUAUGCUCUUCUGUCAAACAUUUAUGCAGAGGUGGGCAGGUGGGGUGAUGUUCAAAGGGUAUGGAAAUUGUUCAAAGAUAGAGGAAUAAAAAAGACACCUGGAUGUAGUUGGAUUGAAGUCAAUAAUAUCGUACACACUUUUUGUGUAGGAGACAGAUCACACCCGCAAACACAGGAGAUAUAUGCAAAGCUGGAGAAAUUGUCUUGGGAGAUGAAGGCAGCAGGGUAUAUUUUAGAUUCAAGACUUGUAUUGAAUGAUGUGGAGAAGGAGGAGAAGGAAAUAUUCAUUGGCCACCAUAGUGAGAUGUUGGCAAUCGCAUUCGGCCUGUUGAACACAUCCCCUGGAACAAUUAUUCGUGUAGUCAAGAACCUUCGAGUAUGUGUUCACUGCCACACUGUAACUAAGCUUCUUUCCAGGAUUGUUUUAAGAGAAAUUGUUGUGAGAGACAUAAACCGAUUCCAUCAUUUCAAAAAUGGACAAUGUUCUUGCAGAGAUUAUUGGUAA